AGACGUAAAUCGUAUCGUCCAGAGCCAUCAUAAAUAUGUAUGAGUUUUACUCCACAAACUUCAACUAUCAGCCGCCGGCUUAUCCAAAUCCUUAUGCCUAUAACGGGCCUGAUAUGAAUUCAUCGUGUGCACACCGGUUUCCAGGCUAUGGGUUCCAUUCUCCAGGCCCAAUACACACAACUGCUGCUGUACCAAGCUACCAGCCUUGUGAGCGAGUUUCGAACGUCUCAAGAUUGGAGAGCGUGAGAAUGGCCAACAACACGCCCUUGCGUUCAGAUUUCUGCACUAGAACGCUGCACCAUUUUCCACCCACUCCACCACCAAACAUAAACACCAUCAACUGCAGCGAUGAGCCGCUAAAGAAACAAAGCAUGGAUAAAAUGCUUGAGGACAGCGAUGAAGAAGGUUCCAAAAACAAGGCAAGGAAGGAAAGAACAGUAUUCACAAAAUAUCAGCUACACGAACUUGAAAAAGAGUUUGGCCGAAACAACUAUUUGACCAGACUGCGUCGAUACGAAGUGGCUGUCAGUUUGGACUUAACAGAGAGACAAGUGAAAGUAUGGUUCCAGAACAGAAGAAUGAAAUGGAAAAGAGUACGAGGAGGAAUACCCCCCAAGAAAACUGCUUAUGCGGAUCAAAUGGAUCUGGCAAUUUAUUGAACAGUGGUACGAAAGAUUCUAAUUUUUCGUCAUAAAGUUAUUGGUGCAAACUUAAAACACUGUAAGGUCUAUUGAUCAAGAAAUUAUUUGCCUUUUGUUACCAAAUGUUAUGAAGGAAUCUUUCUUUGAGUUCAUGUUCUAUAUUAUUAAGUAAAUGUACGAAAUUGCAUUUUUCAAAGUUUUGAUCAAUUCUUCCUCCUUCAGACGAUGGUUAAAAUAACAAUUUUUUUAAAUAUAUAUUGAAUUACCUAAUUGAUUGAAAUAGGAUUGACUGAUUUUAAUUUAAAACCAGCACCGCACCAUGCACUCACUUGUUAAAUGGUUUUUCCUCAACCAUUGUCUUUAACAUUUAAUUUACAUUCAACAGCACUGUAUCAAAUCUCCCAAAACAUCGAAUCAAACCCGACCUUCGAUGUCCUAUAAUUUCCUUCAGGAAGUGUUAAGCUCAUAAGGUAUAACACUUGUGCAAUUUCACCUGAUUUAUUCUCCAAUUAACAGGAAUUAUAUUGGGCUAACAAACGCUAAAUGCUGACAUAAACAACUCAGCUUGGCAAAUGCUAGGAACUCAUGCUCAAUAGAUUUUUGACGUUCAGUUUAAAACGUUCUUUUCAUUUGUUUGUUCAAAGUGAAAUACUGUACAUCUUCUUUGAUAUAAUCAUUUUAUUCAGAGAGAUCAUUCCGGUGUAAGAGUUUAUUUUAGUUAUGUAUAGAAAUGCACAUAAUUUGGAGAGAUCACACAUCAAGAAUGUCUGUGUUCAGCUAUUUAUUGUUUAUACAAAUUAUUUACAAGAAUGCUUUGAAAAAAUAUUUACCACGAUAUAAUACGUUACCGCAAGCGUAGAUAUAUGUAUACAUAAAAUAAAAACAGUGUGAUGUAAAGUUAGAAUAACACGAAUAAAUGUUUAAAAUGAUA